AUGCCAAUUUAUAGUAAUCAGUGUAAUGAGAAUUAUAAAAUAUUAAAUAUUGGAUAUGUCCUUGAAUCAUAUCAUUCUCUCUCAGCUCAUUCGGACCCUAAAGUUAAUAUUCUUUCGCUGAAAAAACAUGAAAUAAUUUUUAUUCUUGAUGUUUCGAAAAAAGGUUGGUUAGAUGUUAUUACCAUUAAUGAAGGUAAAAAUCUGUAUAGAGGCUGGUUUCCACAAAAUUAUGUUAAGGUUAUAAACGACGUCAAGAUAAAAAAUUUACAUUUUAAUAAACUAUCUAAUUUACUCUCUGUCUCGAAUUCUUUUUCUUCUUCUUCUUCUUCUUCUUCUUCUUCUUCUUCUUCUUCUUCUUCUUCUUCGUUGUCUGAACCUUUAACAGUGAAUACGAAUAUAAAUGUUACAACACAAAUGCGAAAUCUCGAUCCUAUGAAUAAAAUAGAUCCGCUAUCUACUUGGAAUUUUGUUGAUGGCAGUGAUAGAAAUCAAAACAGAAAUAUUAAUAAUAAUAAUGAUAAACAUGAAAGUAUAAACGCCAUGGAACCUUCUUUAAGGGUAGGAUUGGAUCUAUUGAGAGAUUAUAAGCUAUAUACAAAAACACAGAUUGAAAGGGAUUUCUAUAAUCAAUGUCUAUUUCCAAAUGAUAAGUUUUGUAGGAAACCUGUAAUCUGGCAAAUAAUGGAAAAUGGUCAGAAUAAAGAUCAGAACAAAAACCAUAGAUUAAUAUAUUAUAAUCAUGAUUUAAAGAUGUACUGUUAUGAAUUACCUGUUUUGAUCCAUCAAAUGUGGGAAAGAGAAAAAAUCGAUUCAAUGGUUAAUUUAAAGGAUUCGAAAUUGUAUUUAGCUAAAAACGAUACAUUCAUUUUGAAUCCAAACGAUUCCAUUUCAAUCUCAGAUAUAUUUGAAAACGCAUUAUAUUGCUCUACUGUAUUGAAAAGUGUCUGGUUAACAAGAGAUAAACUGAAAAUAGCAAAAUAUUUAAAAUCAAUGUCUUUAACUGUGACUUAUAUAGUUUUGAUUAUAAGACAUUUUGAACCGUAUUUCUUAUCUUCUGUAAAGAAAGAGUCACGACAAUUAUUAAAAUCAAUUUUAAAAUAUUCUUCGUUAAUUAAAAUAAAUGCCAAUAUUCAUUGUACAAAGGACUUGUUCCAAAAUUUUUCUAAUUCUAAUACCGCCACUGGAAACAAACAGCAAUCUAUCUUUGGAGAUAAUCAAGAGACUUUUAAUGCUUCUGAUGUUAUUAACAUGGAUGUAUCGCCAUGUUUUGUAAAAUUUUAUGGAUAUAACCAGGACAGAAAUGAUUCUGUCACCACUAAUGAAACAAUAUAUUCGAACAAUACGUUAGUACCGCCCUCAUGUUCCUAUAAUGCACAAUUUUGUAACCGUAAUACAAGUAUUUCAUCCAUAUAUAGCAAAAACAGUACAAUAGACUUGUCGCCUAAACGGACCUCAGAGACGUUUAUUAAUGUGGAGACCUUACAAAGAAUUAAGGAUUUGAUGUUUGCACAUGUUGAUAGUUUACAAAAUUCAAUUCAGUUAUUAUAUUACUUUAUCAACAAUUGUGUCAAUUUGCCCAAUGAGCGUACGUUAUCUUUACCACAACUUUUUCCUAGGUUUUUUAUUGAUUCAUAUAGUAAAGAAAAUUGGACAAGUAUAAUAUCAAAUCAUUUAACUCCAAGUGACUCUGUUACAACCAUGUCUACAGUUGAAGGUUUGUUUUCCAAAAAGUCUGUUACUUCAUUAUCUAGUAUGACAUCUUUUGGAUCUGUUGAUACCGAAAAUAUGAUGAGUUUGAAUAAUCAUCAAUGUUUAAAGGAUAACUUACAGCAAACUAGUAACGAAGAUGAAUUAUCUGCGGUAAAUCUGAAUGGUACUAUUGCUAAAAAUAAAUGCUUCGCUUUAUCGUCAUCAAAUGUAAAUAUUACUGGUAAAUCUGCAUCAUUUUUAGGAAAGAAUUUGAGACCCUCACUUAAUAAGUAUGACUCUACCUCUGGUCAAAGUAGAUAUUGUAAUUUGAUUACUAAAAAGAGAACAGAAUUUAGAAGUAAAAUAUACCCACUAAAUCGUGAUACAUUAAAUAUUAUGAUGACCAGAAAGGAAACUGUGUAUAAUGAUAUGCUUGAUUUUAUGAUGUCUACCGCUGAGUCUAAACCGAAUAUUAAUGAAAUACUGAAAAUUUAUACUGAAUUAAAUGAUCACAAUGUUAAUAUUUAUAUUCUAGAACAUUUGGAUUUAACCUUUUUUGCUAAUUUGAAAAAUAUUAUAGAUAAUGGGGAUCCCAAUGAUGAAAGCAUUAAGUUGUUGAAUCAUUCUACAAGUAAUAUUAUGUUCUUAAUUAAUAAUUAUUUUGAAGUGAAACAAUGGCUUCAUGAUAUAUCUGUUGAGCUGACAAUGGUCACACAGGAAGUCACUUUGGAGGAUUCAAAAGUAUUCCAAUCAAUGUUACCUUUCCAUGAAGUUGGAUCAAUGGAAAGUAUUCAGAUUGAUGAUUUUAAUUUUUCAAGAAAUGGGUUUCAAGAAAAUAAAGAUACCUUUAAGGACGAUCGACUUGCAAUGCGCUUUUAUGAAUGUUUGGUUAGAGAUGAUGUGGAUGUGGAAACUAUGGAUAUUCUAAAUAUAUACGAUGAAUUCAAAUAUGUUUAUUCCAAAUAUUACGAUAUCAACUCCAUGGCUUAUUCUACAGUAGAGAAAUUAUUAGAAGAAAAAGAGAGGAUUAUAAACUAUUGUGCUAGAACUAUGCAAGAUAUAUUGAUUCGAGAGUUACAAAAGAGAGAGUUUAAUGAUACAGAGUGGUUUGAAUCCAAUUAUAUCAAGGAGCAAAACUUCAAUUCAAAUGUUGUAAAUAGGGCUGGAACCUAUGAUGAUAUAUCUCCAUGGUACUUUAAAUCGGACUCCGAGUUACCAAUGAUGCUGGAUCAAACGGGUAGGAACAUUAAAUUUGCCACUAGAGAAGCAUUAGUAAAUUAUUUGCUUUUUAGCAAUUACGAUGGUUCGAUAGAUACAAAAUUCAUGCAUGUUUUUUUAUUAACAAUGAAAAGUAUAUUUCCCUCUGCUACAGAAAUGUUAUUAGUAAUUAUUGAUAAAUAUAAUACAGAGCCUCCAGAAGGUUUAAAGUAUAAUGAAUAUACUGAGUGGACAGAAAAAAAAUUAGUUCCAAUGAAAAAGAAUGUUGUUAAAAUACUAGAUGAAUUUUUAAAAAGAUAUUGGAUUUCUGACUAUUGGGAACCAAAUCUAGAAUUGAUUCUUAUGGAGGUGUCAAGUCGAAUUGAAGCUGACAAUAUUGAUGGUUCUGAUCUUUUGUUAGAUAGCAUCAAAAGAGUCAUUCGUAAUUGUAAAAAAGCUAUUGUUCAUGAUCCAAAAGAACUAUUGAAUUGUAGUAAUCAGUUACUUGUUCCUUCGAAGAGCGUGAAGCAUUUGAAACUUUUUAACAUAGCGUCAGCUCAAUUUGCACAACAAAUAACUUUGAUGAAUCAUGAAAUGUAUUGUAAAAUUACUGCCUUUGAGUGUUUGGAUAAAAUAUGGGGGAAACAAAAGAAUCAUGGGUUUGGAGGUUCUAAAAAUAUCAGUGAAUUUAUUGAACAUGCAAAUUUUAUGACUAACUACGUUUCUUAUAAAGUUGUUAAACAAACUGAUGUUAAAAAGAGAGUUAAGGUUAUCAAUUAUUUUAUAUCAGUCGCCCUGCAUUGUCAAAAAUUGUGUAAUUUUGCUACAUUGACAGCUAUUCUGUCAGGUCUAUAUUCAUCUCCUGUUUACAGAUUAAAAAAGACAUGGAAUGAAGUUUCUAAUGAAUCAAAAGAAAUCCUUCAAAAGUUAGAUCAUUUAAUGGAUUCUAAGAAAAAUUUUUUAAACUAUAGAAUGUGUUUAAAAGCAAUUCCUGAAAAGGUUGCUUGUGUUCCAUUUUUUGGUGUGUACUUAUCAGAUUUAACGUUUGUCGAUGCAGGUAAUCAAGAUUCUUCUGAAAUGAUCAACUUUCAUAAGAGAGUGAUGAUUUAUGAUAUUAUUGAUAAAAUUGAGAGUUUUCAAAAGAGAACAUAUUCAAAUGUGUUAGCUAAAAACAAUGAUGUGCAAACAUUUAUUCUUGAUUCAUUGGAAGGUGUUCCUGAUCUUGAUGAACAGUAUCGAUUAUCCUUGCAAAUUGAACCAAGAGAUAACUCAAAAACACAGAGAAGAAGGAAGACUAUAAGUACCACAAAAUUAUGGAAAAAUAGGCCUGGCAUGAAAUUAUUUGGAUAA